CACUGCCUUCUCUUCUAACACUCUUAUCUUCUUCCUCAAACACCACCUCGCUCCUUCAACUCAUAAUUCCAAUGGCUCCAGCACUUGCUGAUCCUUUCAAUGACUCUUCAGCUCUCCGUGAGUUUGUUAUUAACCAAGGGAAUGGUGUGAAGGGUUUGUCUGAACUUGGUCUCACUUCCCUCCCUAAGCAAUAUAUCCAACCUUUGGAAGAGAGGACUUGCAUGACCAAUAUCGUACCACAAGACUCCAUUCCCAUCAUUGAUAUGUCCAAUUGGGAAGACCCCAAGUUGGCCAAAUCCAUCUGCGAUGCUGCUUCCAAAUGGGGUUUCUUCCAAAUUGUUAACCAUGAUGUCCCCAUUCAUGUGCUGGACAAUGUUAAGGAUGCUACUUACAGGUUCUUUAGGCUGCCAGCUGAGGUAAAAAAUAAGUAUUCCAAGGACCAUUCAUCUUCAAACAACGUGAGGUUUGGUACAAGUUUUACCCCUCAAGCAGAAAAGGCUCUUGAAUGGAAAGAUUAUCUCAGCUUGUUUUACGUGUCUGAAAAAGAGGCUUCUGCAUUAUGGCCUUCGGUUUGCAGGGAGCAAGUGUUAGAUUACAUGAAGAAGUCAGAAGUUGUCAUCAAACAUCUAUUACAAGUACUAAUGAAGGGUUUAAAUGUUAAUGAGAUUGACAAGACAAAAGAAUCAUUGUUGAUGGGUUCAAUGAGGACUAAUCUUAACUACUAUCCCAAAUGUCCAAAUCCUGAAUUUACUGUUGGAGUAGGUCGUCACUCUGAUGUAUCGACUCUCACAAUUCUCCUUCAAGAUGAGAUCGGAGGACUUUUCGUAAGGGAAAACGAGGGAGAUAAUUGGAUUCAUGUUCCUCCAAUUAAAGGUUCUCUUGUAAUCAAUGUUGGAGAUGCCCUACAGAUAAUAAGCAAUGGAAGGUACAAGAGUGUUGAACAUCGUGUGGUCGCUAAUGGAAAUAAUAAUAGGAUUUCGGUCCCUAUUUUUGUGAAUCCAAGACCUGCAGAUAUGAUAGGACCGUUACUUGAAUUGAUAUCAAGUGGUGAGAAACCAAUUUACAAACAAGUUCUUUAUUCAGAUUACGUCAAGCAUUUCUUUCGUAAAGCACAUGAUGGUAAGAAAACAAUCGGAUUUGUUGAAUUAUAAAUGUAAUGUUUUUUCUUUAUUUAUUUAAUA